CGAGGAAUUCUUAGAAAAAAAAUGGAGGGGGACAACUGGGCUUUCAUCUUGGGAUUGAAAAAACGUACCAGGAAGGCCUUUGGGAUACGGAAGAAAGAGAAGGACAAUGACUCCACGGGGUCCCCAGACAGAGACAGCGGCUCUCAGAAAAAGGCUAACGGGGCCCUUAAUGGCUUCUACGAAGAUAUUGACUGGGAAAGAUAUAACUCUCCUGAGGUGGACGACGAAGGCUACAGCCUCAGACCUGAGGAGGAGUCCGAAGAGGGAGCGCCCACCACCAAAAAGACACACUUCUUUUCCUCUGAUGAGUCGGAAGGAGAGGAGGACCACAGGAAAAAAUUUAAAAUCAAGAUCAAGCCGCUGCCGUCAAAUCAUGUCGUCGCGGUGCCCUCGGUCGACGAGCUCAAAGCCUCCAUAGGCAACAUCGCCCUGUCCCCGUCUCCUAUGAAGAGUCCGAGACGUAGCCCGGGUUUGAAAAGGAACACAUCCAUUCCAGGGGAAGAGAUUGCCAGACCGAGGCGCAUCAUCCCUACUUUACCCACUGUGUCCCCAACUCUACCCACUGUGGCCCCAACACCAGCUCCAGCACCACAACCCCCCAGCAUUCAACAGACACCGUUCUCGGAAGACACCACAGCCUUAUUUGGGCCUCCCUUGGAUACAGCCUUUGGAGAAUCAAAAACUGAAGUGGGUGUGUUUGAGUCCGAUGCGUGGGGGAUUCCUCUGUCAGAGCCUGAAUCCUCUUUGACAAGAUCCUUCCCGACAGGAACUCCACCUCCACUUCCACCCAAGAUUGUCCCGCCCCCCGCCCCAUCAACUGGCCCUCCCCCUGCAGAUGAUGCUGAAGUGUCCAUAGAAGCCGACGCCCCCACCAGAAAGCCCUCUAUAGCAGACUUAGACAACAUCUUUGGACCAGAGCAGCCUUCGUCUGCUGGCGAGGAAACGAGUGACUCGUGGGUCAGCUUUAGUUUAGAAUCAAGUGAGCAGCGGCCUCUCCCAGAAGAACCAGCGCCUCCUCAACCAGCCUCCCCGCCUGCACCUGAAUCUCCUGCCCCACCUUUACCGGCAUCACCACUUCCUCCAGAAGACCCCGCACCACCUCUUCCAGCAUCCCCUCCCCCAAAAGACGAACCUGUACCCCCUCUCCCAAUCUCCCCGCCUCCCACAGAGGAGCCAGCUGCACUUCCUGUCCGCUCAGGUCCUCCCACACCUGAAGACAGGAUUCCUCCCACGCUCGCCACCUCUCCACCCCCAGCACCGCCGAAAGACAUUGCCUCCCCUCCCGCUUCCUCUCCCCCUCCUCUGGACUCGCCCCCCAGCGUCCCACCAGCCCCUGCUCCCAGAGCUAGCACCCCUCCAGCCGUGACUCCUCCCACUGAGCAGCCUGCAGCGUGCUCUGUCCCACCGUCGCUUGUCCUGUCUCAAGAGGAGCAGGCCGAGAACACAGAAGUCACCCAACCCAAAGAGGACGGAGGGCAAACUCUCCCCUCGCCCACCGAGGCUAACCAGGGGAGUCGGAGUACGCCUCCUCCACCUCCUCCCCCCACAUAUCGGGCAGUGGUUUCAUCACCGGGUCCCACAUCUGGAGCUGGCGGCACGAAUAACGGUUCCUCUUCUCCGGUGCGACCUUCCACUCCAUCGUCAGUCAACCCAACCCCCCCACCACCUCCACCUCGCCCCUCUUCACGGCCCAAACUUCCUCCGGGGAAACCCACUAUAGGAGAUGCAAGUGGUCCAUUCAGCCCGCCGGUCCACUCUGCCAGCCCCCCUCCUGCCGCCCCAUUGGCGCGGGCCGAGAGCACCUCCUCCAUCUCUUCCACCAACUCCAUGAGUGCCGCCACCACCCCCACCGUCAGUAAAGAGCUCUCCGUGUCCGUGUCAGAAGAUGAUGCUUAUGUAGACAAACUACCCACCUUUGAGAGACACUUUGAUUCGUUUGCAGGUAUAGUAAAGAUCCCCUCAGAGAGAGGAAAGGGGACGGGUUGGGGGAGAAUCUAUUUGAUGCUCUUUACCCAGUGUGCACUUGACGUAGAAGGGUAAAGGGUCUAUCACCGAG